GAAUUAGCUGACGUCGCCGUAAGUAGCCAUAAUUAAAAUAUUGGACUAUAUUCUGGAAUUCGAAAGUGGUUGACCAACUUUUCAAUUGAUUUGAAAGAACAGGACGCCGUGUGGCGGUAAACGGCGCCUUGACAGAUAGAAAAGGCGAUGAAGACAUCUUGGUUCAGGCUGGCCCUCGUGGCAAUAACCCUGUUUGGGUACGUCACAAAGGCCCAAGAUGAAGAGGCAUCAAUCGAGGAAAUGGCGGGAGUGGAAGACCCCACAGCUGCCACAGAGGUACUCGACGUGGACCGCUCAACAAGCACACCCAUAGCUGCGCCUUCUGCUCAUACCUUCGUUGAGUGUGAUAUUGAACAUUGUCUGUUUGAAUACAAGCGACAAGUUUCCUCAAUUCGGGGUGUUGAAUUCGACGCUUUUCAAAGAUGCCGUGCACUCGCAAUCAUGGAAAAAUGCAUGUCAACGGAGACACCAAGUUUUUGUGCAGAGAGGGAUGCACGAUACAUAUUUGUCGAGUCGAAGCGUUUAGAAUCUGUGACAGUUUUUGAUUGCAAGCCAGUUGAAAGAUUGCCUACAGAUGCCAGUGUUAAUCUAUUUGACGCCAUGAUCGGCGUUCCUUUACCGGAAAAUAUCAACUUCGUACGUGGCAAAGCGGACGCCCCAGCCUAUGAAAUAUCCAAAGGAAAAUCUACAGGAAAAGCAUCCAACCGGGUAUUCGACGAUGGAUUUUUCGAGAAAUUUUUAUUGAUCGAAGGAACUAUUAAACUUAAAGCAGGCGCUGAUGGAUUUUUGUUUUCGAUAACAGAUCCCACCCAGACCAAAGUACUUUUCGGAUUGCAAAUGUCUGAUUAUGUUUACCUUCAUAUGGUUGAUCAUAGCGAUCAACCACACAGUUCCACGUUUAAUCGUAUACCUGAAGGAAAAUGGACAAAAUUUGCGCUGACCAUUACAGACGAGGAGGCUGUUUUGUACAUAGACGAUAUAUCCAAGUCCAGUACCUUGCGUCUUGGUGAGAAUGAUCUAAAAAUACCUGAUAUACCAGACGAUGCAUUUGUUUUCUUGGCAAGCAGUGGCCCAGAGAGUGGUCAGUUUGAGGGAACGGUUGAGGGAAUAACGCUGAGGUCUACUUCACGAUUGAUCAGCGGUUUGAGAAAUUUCUUUGGGUCACCGGUUACAGUAGACCCUGAUGAUGACGAAGGAAGCGGAAGUGGAGACGAUUCUGAUGGCGAUACAGAGAAAAGUAGUGAACGAGUACCUGAUGGUUCCGAUGACGAAGAUAGUAUGAAAGACCUUGAGGACACAGAAGACUUUUUACCGGUGUAUACCACACGUGUGCAUAUUAACGCCACAACUGCCUCCGAGGUAAUUGUUACAGCGGCUUCACCCGCGGCUAACGCAUCAGAGACGUUCACACCAGACCCUACCACCACUGCUAUUACAUCUACUGCCGCUGGUUUUGAGGAAGGAUCCGGGGAAGUUGAAACGAAAGAAACCAAACUUCCUACUUUGGAAGGCUCUGCAACGCAUCAUAUGGUGACGACAACUAGUAUUGAACCUACUACAGAAACAACCACCACUCCAAAACCUACUACAACCACAGCUACGACAACUACCACUCCCAAACCUACCACAACCACAGCAACGACCACGACAACUACCACUCCCGAACCUACCACAACGACAGCUACGACCACGACAACUACCACUCCCGAACCUACGACGACUACCACCACUACGACGACAACAACUACACCAGAACCCACCACAACCACAACCGAACCAGUUCCCAUCACAACCACCAGUACUACCACUACCACGAAGGCUACCACCACUGAAGCUAGUGAACCAAUACCGGAAGCAGAAGUUGUUAUACCGGAAAUACUUCCAGUAACAACAUCUUUGCCAGUGACCUGGGAGGCACUUGAAUCUGGAACAGACGAAGAAUUCGUGGUGCCAACGGAAGAGGAAGGAGAAGAGGUUUCUCCUGAUGAUAGUGUUACUUUGGUAAGAGGACCUCAAGGUCACAAAGGAGAAAAAGGAGAGAGAGGAAUAUCUCUAAUGGGUAUGAAAGGCGAACGUGGAGAACAAGGCAUAGCUGGAAUAGACGGUCGUCCUGGCAUAGAUGGAAAAGAUGGUGAACCGGGCGUUGAUGGAGCCCAUGGCCUUCCUGGUGAAGACGGAGAGAUUGGCUUAAUGGGACCUGAAGGGGAAGCUGGUCCAAGGGGUGAUGUAGGACCUAAAGGGGAUCCAGGAGAAUCAAUUGUCGGACCACCGGGACCUCAAGGCGAAAAAGGAAUGACUGGAGAAGCUGGAGAAUCUAUCGUGGGACCACAAGGCGAGAAAGGUAUGACAGGAGAACCAGGUCUGAUGGGUCCACCUGGUCCACAAGGUAUUCCCGGUGAGGAGGGCGAGGACGGCGAAGACGGCAUUGGACUGCCGGGACCAAUGGGUCUACCAGGCCCUCCAGGAGAGUUCGAUUUGGACGACUUGGAAAUUUCUGGAUUUGGACCAAUUAAAGGAAUUCCAGGACCACCAGGCCCUCAGGGACCUCCUGGUCCAGCUGGUGUAGGCUCAAUUGGACCGACUGGGGCUUCUGGAUUAAACGGAGAACCAGGACUAGCCGGUCCACCCGGGCCCCAAGGCAAAGAGGGUCUACCUGGAAAAGAUGGAGAAGAUGGCACCGCCGGAGCACCUGGCCCAGUCGGACAAAAGGGAGAACCCGGCAAUGACGGUAAUCAGGGUAUUGCAGGACCCCCAGGUCCCCCUGGUGUCUGCCCUGCACGAUCAAUUUCAAGAAGAGGAGAUAUGCCAACUGAUGAUGAAGAUGUCGAUGGAGGGUCUGGAGAUUCCGGUUGUGGUGGGGAGGUGGGACUUCCUGGCCCCCAAGGACCGCCUGGAGAGCCCGGACUGGCUGGAUUACCGGGUUCAUCUGGCGAGCAGGGACCACCUGGAGUUUCUGGUGUAAACGGAGAACACGGUAAAGACGGACUUGACGGAAGGGAUGGCACCCCUGGUGUGGCAGGUCCGAAAGGAGACGCAGGAGAACCUGGACUUCCGGGACGCCAAGGACCAGCAGGACUCGCAGGAGAGAAGGGUAUGACGGGCGAUACUGGAGCUGUUGGAAUGCCUGGUACACCUGGACAAAACGGCAGAGAUGGAGUUGAUGGAGAGACUGGUCCUAAAGGAAUGACGGGUUUGCCUGGGCCGCCUGGACCACCCGGUGCAAUGCUCAUGCCCAACGGAGAACUCAAUAACGGUCAUGGAGAAAAGGGAGCAAAAGGAGAACCUGGUGAGGUAGAAGUAAUUUCACCAUCUGGAGUAACAAUUAAGGAAGGGCCAGCUGGACCGAGAGGGCUUCCGGGUCUUGCUGGACCAAAGGGAGACAUGGGAAUGCCAGGACACAGGGGUCGCGAAGGAAGUGUUGGAAAGCCUGGAGCCGCAGGUCCACCGGGUCCUCCAGGUCCACCGGGUCCUGGACGUCCAUUAGCCGGUGGUGUGAGCGUUCCUGGCCCAGAAGGGCCUCAAGGACCUCCUGGAAUGACUGGACGACCCGGUGCAAGAGGACCGCCUGGACCUGCAGGAGAACAGGGAGUUCCUGGUCGUGGUUAUCCUGGUACACCAGGAAGAGAUGGACAGAAUGGAGUUGGAUCAGGACCAAGAGUUUACAGAUCAGAGAACGAGUUGCUUUAUGCAUAUGAUUCGUCUACCGACGGUGAUAUGGCCUUUGAGUCGUCGCGACAGACUCUAUAUGUCAGAACUUCAAGUGGAUGGCGUCCAGUGAAUAUGGGCUACCCUCUCAUAGACAGAGGAACUGUUGAAAGCACCACACAAAGUACAACACGUGAUACCACCACGCGACGUACAACUUCUCCAGUCACGACUACUAGAACAACAACUACUCAAGCACCAAUUGCCACUACUUUAUCAACACGAAAACCACCUACAUCCAACAGGCUUCAUCUUGUUGCUCUCAAUUAUCCUCUGCGUGGUAAUACACACGGUAUUGCCGGUGCCGACAACUUGUGCUACAAACAGGCCAGGGCAGUAGGUCUAAGGGGCACAUACAGAGCUUUCCUGUCAACUAAAAAUCAGCAUGUUCGCUCCAUCGUACAUAACAGAAACAUGCAACAUUUACCAAUUGUCAACAUGGCGGAAGAAGUAUUGUUCUCUUCGUGGAGUGAGCUAUUCCGAACCGAAGGACAGCUUCCAGAAGGCGCUAAAAUUUAUUCGUUCAAUGGAAGAGAUGUUAUAACAGAUCCAAGAUGGCCCGUCAAAGCUGUGUGGCAUGGAUCCGACUCACUUGGCAAAGUGAGCCGAAUGCACAAUUGCGCAGAUUGGCGAACAUUCAAUCUUGCCGUAACAGGACAUGCGUCUCAACUUCCAACCAAAUCUCACCCAAUAGCCGGUUUAUUGAAACCACGAGUAUUCAGUUGCUCUUCUACGUUUAUCGUCCUCUGCAUAGAAAACAGUGCACAUACCUGGACUUAUAAAUGAAUGAAAUAAACUUAUUUUGUAUUUCGAUAAAUAUUAAUAUUUGAGACUUAGAGGAGAGAGUACUACUCCACAGUACACAAAAUUUUAUAGGUAACUUGUGCAGCUAAUUGAAAUCAAUUUCUCAGCUAUGUAACUUCCAAUGAGACAAGUAUUUUACCAUGAAUUGUGAAAAAUCGGCAACUUAUCGCCGCUUUUUAGUGGAAGUCGUUGCAUUUAUUUGAGUCAAUAUUAGUUUUCCGAAAAACUACUUCAUUAACUUUUAUUUUAUUUUUUUCAUUUCAUAAAAAAGUAUCAUUAGGCACACGGUUGUAAAAAUUUAUAUCAAAUUAGGUUAUGAUAUUCUGUGUUCGUGAAUUACUAUUUAUCUGAAGCAAAAACUUGACACGAUAAAAUAUUAUGAUAAAUAGCAUGUAUAACCGUCAGAUUUAUGGUGCCAUAGUUUUUUUUUCCCUUUUUAACUAAUUUUUUAACAAUAGUAUUUCCAUUUUUAAGAAAAAAACGUAGUAAAAUCAUUUGUAAAAUUAACAGUAAUUAUCCGAACGUUUCCUGAAGUGUUUUAACACUUUCUUGUCUUUACACCGUUCUCUGUUUAUCCUUAUAUCUAUCUGCCUUUCUUUAUUUACUUUCUUUCAAUUUUCUUUUUAAAGUGUUAUGUUUUUUUGGUAUGCUUUUUGAGUAAGCUUUGGGCAUUGCAUCUUAUAAAUGAAGGUAUGCUUACAGAUAUUGGAAACAUUUUCGGCUUCAAAUAGGAAAAAAAUAUUGGAUAACAAAAACGUGACAGCUGUACGCAAGGAAUUCUAUCGUGUUAAAAUUUGACGAUUUACACCUUAAAUUUUCAUGAGCCAGGGCACUACACCAAAACGCCCAUUCAUUUUUUCUGUAAAUAUGUGCAUAUUACUUUAUAUAAUUUUUCAAAAUUGCAUGGUUCUGGACACUGAGACUAUGACAUUUAUCUAAUGUCUUCUUGGUAUUAUUGGUAUCAUGACAAGAACGAGUGCCGGGCCGAGAACGUAAUAGUAGGUUUUGGACGAUUGGGUCUAUAUUAUCAUUCUUAUUCCCAAAUUUUCCUUGUGCUAUUAUUUACAUAUCGCUUUACUUGUUUCAUUUUUCUACAUUAAAACACGAUCUGAAUGUAACACAUCAAUAUAAUCGACGCGCUAUAUUUGUGGUUUAUCUUUCUGUGUCCAUUUUCCAGCUAUAGCUUUCGAAUUGGAUAUUUCGCCCAUUAAAAUUUUAAUAAAUGAAUACUUCCACGAUUUUUUAGACUUUUGUGUCGUGGUACUAACGUUGUGCCACAACCAAACUUCCACUUGUUGUCAUAUGAAACAUUUUCCAAAUAAAUCAUUCAUUGCUGAGA